AUGGUCAACAAGUGUUAUUCAUGCGAUUUCCAUCGCCAGGAGUGUACCUUUACUCUGACUGCCGAAACUCAACCUCAACAACCUAAGAAAAGAAAGCUAUCCGAAUCCGAAGCGGCCGAAGCGGUCAAGCGGUAUGCCACCAAUCCAGUCAUGCCAAACGAGUCCCGUUCUAACAAUGCCCCUAGACCUGCCAUGCAACAGUCUGGAGAAGCUAGUGCCGAGUCACACUCUCACCCGCUGCCCCGGAACAUGAUUCGUCCGGGUUUCUUUAACCAGUCGACCCAGCAUAUCGGUAUGACCACAGAGCUGGAACCGACUUUGUUGGAAUAUCUUCCUCUUGACGAGUAUGAUGAAUGUACCAUUUCUAACUCGCGCGUGCGAAGGUGUGCGGAUGAUCCCACUUUCAUGCGUGUCGUCGAUACAGUGCCUGUCGGUGAUUCGCAGGUGUCGCUCGAUGCCAUUGAGAGUCUGGUGGCACCGUAUGGUUCAACUUUGAUUGAAAAGUUCUUCGACCAUGUGCAUCCAUCGUUCCCCAUCUUGAUUGAGGAGGCGUUCCGUCAAUCGUAUCGGGAACGCCGUGGAUUGUCGCCGCUCCUCCUUGCUUCAGUUUAUGUGUUGACAUUGAAGUUUGUUGAUGUCGGUGCGAACUCGCAGACCGCUCGGAAACCUGAUGCUGCGCGUUUGGAGGCUGCGGCGAUGAAGUUGCUGCAGGAUUCUCUGCCUUUUCCUAGUCACUCGACUAUCCAGGCUGGUUUGUUGCUGACGCAAAAGUCGACGUUGGCAACGGCUUCGCUGAACGGGCAGCUGGUCACGGCUGGCUUCGAGCUAGGUCUGCACCAGGACUGCACGAACUGGCGGAUGAAAACGUGGGAGAAGGGUCUCCGGAAACGACUGGCGUGGGCAUUAUACAUGCAGGAUAAAUGGUCGUCACUCGUCCAUGGCCGCCCGUCUCACAUCUUCGCCUUUAACUGGACGGUCAAGGAUCUCGUGGAGCAGGACUUCUCAGACGCCUUCGCCUCCGGUACAGAUUCUUCACACGACGAAGGAGCCGUCGGUCAUGGCCCCCUCCUCUUCUGCCACAUGGUAGCCCUUACCACCAUCCUCUCCGACAUCCUGGACCGCUUCUACACCCUACAGGCCAUCGAAGAAUUCCAAGCAGCAGGCAACCAACGGACACGAAUGAUCCUCGAAAAAGCCAAACCCGCCCAAAUCAGACUAAAAGACUGGUUCUCCUCCCUUCCUUCAUCCCUGAAAAUGGAAACCUCAACUGGCGAGCUCGUCGAAACAAUAACAGACGAACACGCCCGCAACGGCGCACUCCACCUCGCCUACUUCGCCACCGAGAUCACCCUGCACCGCUGCAUAGUCCGCUCCCUCCUCGCCGAAGGCACAGACCCAUACCUAGCACACAUCUGCCGCUCAGCAGCCAAAACCCGCCUAAUUUCCGCAAUGGACUUUGUCAACCGCCUCCGACCAGCCCACCUACGCUCCUUCUGGCCCGCCUCGGCAAGAACGAACUUCUCCCUAAUUGGCUCCUUCGGUAUGCUCCUCCGCAUCACAGCGCCAACAAGCGAAGAAGCAGACUUCUACCGGGUCCGUCUAUGCGAGUAUCGCUGGACACUAGAUGUAAGCCACAAAAACGCCGCAUUCAUGGGCUUCGCCCUACAAAGUCUGGACAACGCUACCGCGCUCCACAAGCAUGUCCCCGCUAAACCGGGCAUCGAGGAAUUGAUGGCUGCAACGAAGACUGCACCACCGCGUUUGCCCACUACCGCCCAUGGCACGUAUGACGAGGCUAUGAUGGAAGCUGGGACGGGGACUUCCUCGUCUGUUAUCUCUGGUCUGGCUUCGCCUGCUACUUCUGUUAGUGAUAUGGAGGACGGAGAUGCUUCUAUGCCGCCUCUUUGA